ACCGUUGUUUCCUUCGGCGUCCUCUCCUAUUCUCCUGUGGUAUUGGGAGCUCUGCCAAUGCUAUAAAUAACCCUCCCACCGCCUCGCCUCCAACUCGCACUUGACCGCAGCGUAUGUCAGCAGCCCAGCGUCCCGCACUCCUCUUCCGUAGCUUUCGCCCUCCACUCCCAUCUCCUUGUCUCCAGUGAGAUGAACCCCAACUCCAACUGGUAAUAGUUGUUGUUGUAGUCGUAGAAUUCCCUUUCCCUGCCACAUCGAGCGGAAGGAGCUUGCUUUCCUUCCCUUCGAGUCUGCCUAAAGUUGGGAUUUUGUCGACCCUUUUCGCCUAAAGGAGCCACCUUGAGAAUUAUUCUUUGGUUGGUGUAAUUUUUCCCCACAUAACAAGAGAUGGGCCUCAAAGGAUUCCUUGAAGGAGGCAUCGCCUCGAUCGUCGCCGGAUGCUCCACCCAUCCUCUCGACCUCAUAAAGGUCCGCAUGCAGCUCCAAGGCGAGGCCAUCAGCCCCUCGGUCUCCGCCCUUCGUCCCGCUGUCGCUCUUCACGGGGCCACCGGCAUGACCACCCUCCGCCACCAUCAUCCUCCCCUGACCCCGCCACGGCGCCCCGGCCCGAUCGCGGUGGGCGCGCAGAUCCUCCGUGCUGAGGGUCCCGCGGGGCUCUUCUCCGGGGUCUCGGCCACCCUCCUCCGACAGACCCUCUACUCCACCACGCGCAUGGGCCUCUACGACAUGCUGAAGAAGCGCUGGUCCGCGCCCGGUGACGGCGGGUCCAUCCCGCUCCACCGCAAGGUUGCCGCUGGCCUCAUCGCCGGGGGCAUCGGCGCCGCGGUCGGCAACCCCGCCGACGUGGCCAUGGUCCGGAUGCAGGCCGAUGGGCGGCUCCCACCAACGGUCCGGGCGGAGGGACCCAUGGCGCUGUACAAGGGUUUCGUGCCCACCGUGUCCCGUCAAGGCCCCUUCACCGUCGUCCUCUUCGUCACGCUCGAGCAGGUGCGCAAGCUGCUCAAGGACGUCUGACCGCCACUCGCUGGUCUCAAACGCCCGACCGAUACGCCACAGUUACUUCCACGAACGGCUCUGAUGAUGACGACGACAAAUUAGACAGAUUAUUCCAAGUAUUAUUUACAGCUCCAUACGAAUACUACAAAAUUCUGUGCGUUCCUAUGUUUUAUGAUGUCAUGCAAAAGCGUGUAAUACAGAUUCGUUCCAA